GAGCUAGGUGCUGAUGAAACAAACAAAAACCCUAGUUCUAGGCAUGAGCUUAGAAAUUAUUUCAGCCUAUGUGUAAACUGGAAAAGGAAGUGACAAAAGGGAGACUGGCAGAGUGGAGGAAGUGAGGGAAGCCAUUGUCAGCACUUUAGAGUGGGAAGGCAUCCAAUGGCAUCAGAAACCCUGCCCUAAUUUAUCUAGCCCUUUAAGCUGUUGCUUUGAUAAGCACAAACUAGAAAAAAAAAUGUUUCCAAAAAUGGCAUGGCAGACCUAGGCGUUCUAUGAAUUUCAUUCCAUGAGCUGGAUAUAAAUGAAAUAGAAGGUGAGAUCAUUUCAUUUGUUCCAAGGGAGCUAUUGCUGUUUUUCACCAUUCCCUGGUGUGUUUGGUAAGUAUCAUCCAUAUAUUGUUUCACCUUUUAGAAGAUAAAACAAGACUUGAUGUUACUGCAGGUGUGUGUGUGGGGGGGAGAGUAUCUGGUCUUCUGAGUACAGUGGUACCUCGGGUUAAGAACUUAAUUCAUUCUGGAGGUCCUUUCUUAACCUGAAACUGUUCUUAACCUGAAGCACCACUUUAGCUAGUGGGCCUCCUGCUGCCGCUGCGCAGCUGCUGCACAAUUUCUGUUCUCAUCCUGAAGCAAAGGUCUUAAUCUGAGGUAAUAUUUCUCGGUUAGCGGAGUCUGUAACCUGGAGUGUAUGUAACCCGAGGUACCACUGUAUACUUGAAGAUCUUGUUCCUUGUGAGGACACAAACAAUUGCAUUCCCUUCUAAUUCAAGUUACCCCAUUGGAGUAGCAUAUUAAAUAGUGCCUUGAUUUUAGAUUGACUAUCAUUUGGUGACUGUCAAAACCACUUGAUAUCUGAUGGAACUGUAUGAAUUGCUGCUAUUCCAGUGGGAUACUCUGCAGGUUACUAACACUAUAGGCCUAAACAAAUUGAAUUAGUUACCAAUGUAAACCUACUCAUCACCCCAUACAGGGCUGAUGAACUCCACACACGUCUUGAGAGCAUACAUCUCUCCAUGGGGCAGAAGUACUAGUGUUCAUGCAGGAUGUGAUAACAUGUCACAGAAAAACGACGAGCCAAAUGGUAGAAUUGAAGCUUUGGAGAUGAUUUAAGUACUGCCUGUUUGGCCAUACAGAAGUAGGCAUCAGUAGAAAUCAAUUUGCGUCCAGCUGGCUAGCAUCCUAAUCCUAAAUACAUUUCUGUGAAACUUGCUUCCAUGUAGGAUAUCAACCCAGACCAGAUAUGCACUUGGUACUGAUAGUUUUGCUACUGUAGCUCCUAGCCCCAAGCUAUGUUUUUACACCAUCACCCCUGUUCCUUCUUGCCUCCAAUUUCUUCUUCCAACUUCUUCUUCUUCCAAUUUUGUCAGUCUUGCAGAAUCACUUUUUUGCUCUCCUCAAAAUAGAUCUUUUAUCUAAGCAGGAACUAACAAAUUGACUUGAGCAUAAAUGUGGACUAAAUGUGUCCAUUUUUUAAAAGUGCUUGUUUUUGUGUGCUUUAUUCUGUUUUGUUUGUUUGUUUGUUUUUGGCUUUAUGCUGUGAAGCAAUUUGUUCAUUGUUUCUGUUGUUGCUGUGGGCAUAUGGAAUGUUAGAGAAGGGGUAAUACCUCUGGUGGGGGACAUGUCGUGCUCCUUCUGGAGUAAUUUGUCCACCUUUGUUUCCCAACCUGCAUUCAGCUGUCACCUGUGGCUCCUAAAAGCUGUCAGCGUGCAACAGCAACCACACCCCAGGAAUGGCUUUGUCUGGCUGGCUAAACCAGGCGAGGGUAGCUAAUGGGUCUCAGUCCCUCAGUGAGUUAGUGACUUGUCCUGCAUGCGAAGACAGGUUCUGGUGGAUUGAACAGAUGAGAACAAUAGUGGGUCCAACAGUCAAGAAGGUGGUUUCUGCAUGUACUGUAGUGGGAAGUGAGGAGCAGAUAGGGUUCAUCAGCCUGGGAAGGUAGCUCAUCUAGAAGAACUCUGGUCCUAAACUUCUGCUGCCUUAUGAGAUACCUUCAGGAGAAGAAAAGACUAAGGAGUAAACCCUACACAAAUCUGUUCCUAAGAUGAUUAGAUGGCAUCUUGUACACCUCCUUCCGGCAACUCCUGCAGCCAAGCUGGUGCCAAACGUAUUGCUCUGCUUUCCUUUGGACCAGCGAGGCAGAGAAAGGAGCCUUGUCUGGGCAGCCCAGAACCUCCAUACACAUUGCCCAGGCUUGUACCCUGGGAAGGUCACUUUGGUGCUGCUAACACAGCAAUUUGACCCCCUCCUCCGGGAGGUGCACACCAUUCUCUCUCGAGAAAGACAGAUGCCAACAACUGUUGAUGCUAGUUGGAGGGACGCACCUAUUCCCUUACAACUGAACUUGAAGAAUCCCAAACAGAAGGCACAUGUGCAAGUUGUCUUUGGUCAGUGGAUCCAGACUUGUCUCAAUGCACUUCCCAGAAGAGUCCUUUUGAUAAGGAAUUACAGUUCACAGAUACAGAAUAGUUCUUGUAAGUGAGCACUUAAUGAGAACAGCUGCCAUUCCAAAACAUUAACCAACACUUUCCAGAGAAGGUCUAUUUUUAGAUCUUUGCUGCUAUGACUGUUUAUAUCAUUGGGAAUAAUGUAGAGAUUUGGUGGUGCUUUAAAUAAGAUGUUUCUUUAAAUCAGGGGUGGGGCUUAUGGACCUAUGGCCUCCAGAUAUUGCUGGACUACAGCUCCCAUCAUAAAUGACUAUUCGUCAUCCUGGCUGGGCAAGAUGGAGCCACAUGUUGCCCGUCCCUGACUUAAAUGGUUAUUUUGAACAACGUGUGCAUUUUAUAAUUUCUAUGCUUUGAAAUGUCCAAAGGUAGCACUUUUGUAUUGUCAGUUUAGCAAACCAGCAGAUGUGCAGUGGUCAUGUGUGUACACACCUCAGCUAUGUUUCUACUUGGAUAGAAGCUGGUUUAAGGGACAGUUCAUUAAACAGCAUUGAUCACGAAGUUACAGAUUACCUGGAUUGUGGCUAACUUCAUGUGCAUCAAACACCAGCCCUGGGAAUGCUGGAACUGGACUAAUAGUGAGCUAGGUGGACCAACAGUCUGACUCAGCAAAAAGCAGCUCCCUGUGUUCUGUCUCAUCCCUGAUGCUUGCUCAUAAUCUUACCAUUCUCUCUCACCCUCCCCCCAUUUGUAUUGUCUACCUCUGGUUCUCUCUGUCUGUUGUCUGUCUAUUUUCCAUGUGCCACUUGGUUUUCUGUCCCCGCUCCCACUUUCCUUCUUGUACCACUACCCUCUUUUUGUUUUGCUUCACUUAUCUUAGGACGUCUCCUCUUGCUCAAGGUCCCUGACUCUCUAAACAUAUUCCCUUCCACCAGAGCGCAGUGGAUUCAGCAGGGUGAUGCUGCCGUCUGUUAUGUGGAGUGUGGGAAAUUUUGGCUUCAUGUGGAAACCGGGAUUAUUUAUUUAUAAUAAAAUUUCUAGCCCGCCUUUCCUGCCCGAGUCAACAAUAUGAAACAAACAAACAAAAUCAAAAUAAUUAUAUAGCCAGCAAUUUAAAAAGUCAAAUAAAUAACAGCAUAUCACUAAAACAGCAUAAAAAGAGCACAGAGAGCAAACAACAGCUAAUGACAGUCAAAAGUUGCUGGAAAAUGUAAGUCAUUAAAUUUUGAUGGAGCACAAGUAAAAAGGAUCUCUUAGGAACAGAUAGAAAAGGCCAAAGUCAAGACAUGCCAUGAUAGAUAUUCGACGAAGAAUGAUCUAUGAUACAAUUCAAUCCUAAACUGAAGGCCCAUAUUGUUAGAUUUGUACUUCUGAAGCCCAUCCCUAAUAAUAAUAAUAAUAAUAAUAAUAAUUUAUUUGUACCCCACCCAUCUGGCUGGGUUUCCCCAGCCACUCUGGGCAGCUUCCAACAAAGAUUAAAAAUACAUUAAAAUGUCACACAUUAAAAACUUCCCUAAACAUAUAGCUGCGUUAACUGAUCUUUUAAUUUUUCUUAUAAAUUUUACUCACCCAUCUAUGCUUAAUUAAGUAUUCUAUGUAUAUGUUUAAAUCUACGUUUGGUUCUUGCUCCUAUUUAUUUAAUAAUUAUAUAUACAAUAUAUAUUUAAAGGAUUGAUUCAUAAAUUUGCUGACUUUACCAGAGAACUUACUCUCUCUCUCUCUCUCUCUUCCAUUUUUCUAACAUUACAUUUCUUAGUUUUAAUUAUUCCCAGAUAAUCCAGAUCGGCUUUUCCCUGAACCGCUGUUUCCACAGCCUAGGACACUGAGGAGCCAUGUGUGAUGAUGAAGAAACCACAGCCCUUGUCUGUGAUAAUGGCUCUGGACUUUGCAAAGCUGGAUUUGCCGGAGAUGAUGCUCCAAGGGCUGUUUUUCCAUCCAUCGUUGGACGACCCCGGCACCAGGUCAGUUUUUAUUUUAAGGGGAAAUUGUGCCCACAAUCAAGAGAUGUGGGUCUCCAUCUCUACAUCUACCACAUGCAAGACACUUUUGAAACACAGAACUUCCAAAAUAGCAUUGCGCAUGGGAAACAGGGUUGGGGAAGUGAGGUGUCUGCUGUUCAAAGGGGAAAAGUCCCAUGGCAUGUUUAAGGCAGGAUAAAGAAGGCCACUAAACCAUGGUACAUGUGCCCAAUGAGAUACAGGGUUCUUAUUCAACGGAAUAUGUUGAAUCGCUCACCAGCAGUAGCUUCAGAGCAUCAUUUUUUGCUAGAAAGAACAGUGUUAAAGAGAUAACUCUUUAUCUGCUCUCUAUGAUUCCAUGUUGCCAUGAAGAACCACUGCCUAUCCCUGAUGUGCUUCUUCCCAGACCCAUUUGAUUUUUGGUUUAACAAGUCUGUUUGGAUUUGAGCAGCUGGAAAAAAGAUUGUCAACUUUCAGAAGCAUCUAGGUUAUGAUUGGAAACAAAAUGCUGGAAUAGAUAGACCUUUGAUCUGAUUCUGCAACACAGUUCUUACAUUUUUUAAAAGUCCUUAAAUUUAAUGCUAUGUGCAUACUGUUACUGAAAUACAUAAACCAUUUUUGGAGCUGCAUAAAAUUUUGUGGCUGUCAUGUCAAGCAACAUAUAUGGUUGAUCUUAUUUUGCAGUGAUGCUUAUUAGUAGCUUGAUUUGUAAGCAUAGUUGUUAAGUAAUGCCAUAGGUCAUCAAGAAAUUAACAAGCAUCUAGUAAAAAUAUGUAUACAAUGGAAAAAACUUAUAAUUGCCUAAUUAAUGCAGGCCUAAGGAAACAGAAUAAGCAUUGCCCAUUAAAUCUGUUUUUUCCAGUUGUCAGAUUAAUAAUAAUAAUAAUAAUAAUAAUUUAUUACGGCCGUAGGCCCAUACAGAUAAAAACAAGACAUAAAUAACAGCCUGUGCACAUGGGAAAAAAACAGCCGCUAAAACAAUACUAUAACAAUAAGCUACUAUAAGAUGGAAUGGCAUACUACGCCUUAAUUAGCUUGUGGUGCUCCUUGGCGACGCUUUUGGGUAAGGACAGCGACCAGGAACCUAGCCACUUUCAGGGUCGUAUGGGCAUCCUUAUCCUGCAAGAUUUGGGCAAGGUGGAAUUUUGGUGGAGUACCCUCUAAUUUCUGUAUGAUUGAUCCCAACAAGUUUGCCCGUGGCACCUUAAAUAAGGGGCAAGUGAACAUAAUGUGCUGAAGCGACUCCGGCAUCUCCUUAUCACAUUCGCACAUGGCGGAGGUUUGGCCCUUUGAGAAUCUAUGUCUCAGGACAUUGGAGGAAAAACAUUAAACCUCGCUUUGGUGAAGGCCAGCCUAUGGGCAACAGUCGAAAGGGAGGAGAGGUAUGAUGGAACGCAAUAAGUUAAAGUGAUACCAAUGUUCUGGGGCGAACAAACACCUCCCCCCAGCAUAUAAUUUUGCUGUAAAUCGAUGUCAUCCAGUCUUUGGCGGAUCAGUCUUUGAGCAGUGAUUUGAUCUAGUUUUAGGGAAUCUAAGGGAGAGAUUCCAUAGCUCAGGAGUUUGGCAUGAAUUCUACUGGUCCAAAGGCUGGGGAAUUCAUCUCGCCAUAAGCAUUGGGCAAGGUAAUGGUCUGGUAAUCUAUGCCACAAUGAUAACCAAUAAUUGAAGACUUGCUUCCACAGGCAGGUUUCUAAGGAUGCGAUCCUCAAUUCUAAACGCAUGGCUGCGUUGCUUACGCACAGGGGGAGCAUUAGGAGCCGACGUAGGAAUUGGUUUUGCAAAGUCUCAAGAGGAGCAAGGUCUGUCAUCACGACCCAGAGCGGGGCAGCAUAAGCAAGCACGGGAACCACUUUUGCCUUGAACACCUUUAGGGCCGAGGGAACAUGCAAAGCUCCAUCCGAAAAGAAAAAUCGGAGGAGCGCAUAUGACAGAGUUUUGGCCUUAUUAAGUAGGUGUUGAAUAUGUGCUUUCCACCCCAAAUUGUAUUGAAAAAUAACUCCUAGGUAUUGAAAUUUUAGGACUUGCUCUAUUUUUGCUCCACCAAGCUUCCAUUCGUAUAAUCUCCGACUUCUGGCGAAAAUCAGAAUCUUAGAUUUAGCAUGAUUGAUGGUUAAUUGGUUGAGUUGACAAUACGCAGUUGUCAGAUUUACUUUACUCUUGCUGCAAAGCUUGUUACUUGCAUGCUGCUGUUGAGAACUUUUGAUUUUAAAAAACUGCUGAAUAUGUACCACUAUUUAACACCCCUCCACAGAUACCAUGCAAUCACUGAAUUGAUUUUCAAUCCCACAGUUUGAUAAUUUACCAAGUCAGCAAUUUAGAUUUAAAGAAAGGAAUCCAAAAUAUUUGACAUCAAAUAGUAUUUUUUAAGGAAACAAAACAAAAAAACCUGGAAGCUAAUCAAAGUCUUGGAACUUCUGCAUACCAGUCAGUGCCAAAAGAAAGCAGAGACUGAGUAACUGGAAUGUACAUUGGCUUUCCAUAAGAAUUGUUUAGGAGUGUUUUAUUGCUGGGGUGGAAUUCAGCCAAAGUUAAGCAUUUUAAGUUCCGUUGAUUUUAAUGGUUGUAGUGUAAUCCUAUUGAAUAUACAGUAGUGAGAUUUCCUUCCAAAUAAACAUGCAUAGGAUUGUGAAGUUAGCACUUAAUUCUAACAGCUUAAAAGAUGCUUCACUUUUAUUGUUUCAUUCCUGUGGUAUUUAGAUUUCCAAAGUCCAAUGAGCAGGAGGUUGAAGAUGACACUAAACUUCAAAUGCUUACCUUCUAAGACGAGCAUUUGAAAUGGUAAAAUAAUUUACCAUAAUCUGAAAAUGUUUUAAAUUAAUUUUAAACACUAUUGGAUAAGAAUUUCCCUGCACUUUUAUUUUAAAGUCAUUUCAAUAAAAUAGGAACUAACUCUGCUGAGUAGAACAAUGGCGGUGGUUGUGUGAAACUGUUGAAGAAAGAAAUGGGAAAAGCAUGUAAAACUAUUUUUUUUCUACUGACGUUGCAAUCCUAUGCACACAUUCCUGUGAGCAGAGGCAGCUUUAAGGGAGAGCAACUGGUUCCUUCACACUGGGCACAGAGCCUUGGGGGUGCCAUAAGGGGCACUGCAACUAUGAUGUAGAAAGGAAGGCAAGGAGGGUGAAUUUUGGUGUCAUACAGGAUGUUGCUGCUGCAAGUCAGCUGCAUUGAAUCCUAUUGAAUUCAGUGGGACUUACUUCUGAGUAGACAUGCACUGUUGGUCCUAUUAUCAUUCUUCUAUGUUGCAGAAAUGACAAUAGAAGUGACUCUUGGCAAACAUUUGCAAUGUGAUACUGAAUUUGAUAUGUUCCUUUUGAUGGCUUGCUUUUCUAGGGGGUUAUGGUAGGGAUGGGACAAAAAGAUAGCUAUGUUGGCGAUGAAGCACAGAGCAAACGAGGGAUUCUGACCCUGAAGUAUCCCAUCGAGCACGGGAUUAUCACUAACUGGGAUGACAUGGAAAAGGUCAGUAGGUUUUGUUUAUUUGUCACAAUUUGUGAUUAUUUUCUGCUUAAUAAUAAUAAUAAUAAUAAUAAUAAUUUAUUUAUACCCCACCCAUCUGGCUGAGUUUCCCCAGCCACUCUGGGCGGCUCCCAAUCAAGUGUUAAAAACAAUACAGCAUUAAAUAUUAAAAACUUCCCUGAACAGGGCUGCCUUCAGAUGUCUUUUGAAGAUAGGAUAGCUGCUUACAGUGGUACCUCGGGUUAAGUACUUAAUUCGUUCCGGAGGUCUGUACUUUACCUGAAACUGUUCUUAACCUGAAGCACCACUUUAGCUAAUGGGGCCUCCUGCUGCCGCUGUGCCACUGGAGCACGAUUUCUGUUCUCAUCCUGAAGCAAAGUUCUUAACCUGAAGCACUAUUUCUGGGUUAGCGGAGUCUGUAACCUGAAGCGUGUGUAACCUGAAGCGUAUGUAACCUGAGGUACCACUGUAUUUCCUUCACAUCUGAAGGGAAGGUGUUCCACAGGGUGGGCGCCACUACCAAGAAGGCCCUCUGCCUGGUUCCCUGUAACCUCACUUCUCGUAAUGAGGGAACCACCAGAAGGCCCUCGGCGCUGGAUCUCAGUGUCCGGGCUGAACGAUGGGGGUGGAGACGCUCCUUCAGGUAUACAGGACCGAGGCCGUUUAGGGCUUUAAAGGUCAGCACCAACACUUUGAACUGGCAAGUAAAAACCACCUAAGGCAUAUCCAGGGGCAGAUGGAAGAGUCCCUUUCUCAUGCCCAACCAACCACAUGGUAACUGCUUCCAUGUGGUUCAAUCCCACUCCGCAGGGAAGCAUCUGUGAACAAUAUGGUCUCAUGGAUGGGGCUGAUUGCAUGGGCCUUUCCCAGCUAAUUGGUACUCUCCCCGCUCCCCCCUGCCCCCGCCGCCUGCUAAGGUGCUGUGUAUAUGUGUAUAUAAAAGCUGCACAACUGCAUUAUUCACUCAUACUUUUGGGUACCAUGGGAUCACACCACACAGAAAUGGUUCCCAGACUGCUGGCUCAGCAUUUAAAAAGCUAAAUGGCCAGGACAAUAAAUGUAAGGGGCCGUGUUUAUUCCUCUGUGAGGAAGCAAAGUCUGUAGCAGGGAAUAGCCACAAGCACAGACAUAUUUAAUAGAGGUCCAAACUUACCAUAUUAUCUGCUCUGGCCAACUACAAUCAAAUAGGUUUCUUUACAGGUCUGGCUGGUUAUCUUAUAGUUCAUUGCUUUGCCUGGCUAAACUUAAUAGUGGCAUAUAUGCUGGCUGGAUCCACCCCAAAAGGUUCAACUCCUCACACCUGGCAAAGGCUGGCCGUUCCCUAUUCCUCCGUCCACACACUUGAUGCAACAUCACCUGUCUUCCCCACAGAGAAUGAGGAAUGAAUGCUCAAUAAACAGUUGGCAUCAUCUAGUCUCCCCACAAACCUUCUGUCAAGAAAUGAGGAUGCAUGCUCAGGUCAUCUGGAAACAGCCUCUGAGUUUCCCUGUGCUUUUCUGUAGAGGAAAGAAAAACUACACUCUCCGUCCUCUAGAUGGAAGUAUAGCUUUUCCAUAUACUUCUCACUGUGCUUCAUUUCACUGCCUCAGGGAACGCAGUCCUGAUUCCCACACAUACACCAAAUCUCAAUAAUUCACCCUCGCCAUUCCUAAAAUGUCAGCUUUCUGUGUCGCAACAUAGGUUUGCAGUUAAGAGGCAGCAUCUGAAUUGGCUUCUUCACUAUGCUCUCUUGAGGCCGUGUCCUUCAGGCUGCCAGCUGUGGCAAUCCUGGUAUCAUGCCGACCCCCUUAAAAGCACAAAGCAAGCGAUGAGAGCAGUUGCAGAUGCUGUUCCUCUAAUAGUCCUUUUGCCAGUUCUCCUCCUUCAUCCAUCGCCACAAGCAAGGCUAGGGAAGAGCAGGAGCAAAGGACUCACUUUUAAUUCACCCCAAUCGGAUUGGGCCCCAAACACUUACCAAUGGCUCCAUUGCCAAAGCCUUUUUAUUUUAAAUAUUGUACGUUACUGUGGAAUUUCUUUGGUGAAGUGCAGUACUGAAAUAUUUCAAUAAAUACAUUCCCUAUGGAAACAUUGGUCUCAACACCAGCGGUAGCCAACAUGGUGCCCUCCAGAUGUUGCCCACCAGCCCCAGCCUGCAUGGCCCCAGUCAGGGUGACAAUUCCCAGCAUGGUUUAACAAUCCAUCCCUCCCCCAGGGAACUCUGGGAAUUAUAGCUCUGUGAGGAGAACAGAGAUCUACCAACAACACCCUUAACAGCUUCCAGAAUUCUUUGAAGGAAGCAAUGACUGUUUUAAAGCAGAAUCAUGUCAUUUUACAUGUAUGGUGCCAUACUCAAGAGUAAACACACUGAAAUAAAAGAACCUGACAACCUUAAGUCCAUUGGUUUCAGUGGGCUUACAGUACAAUUUAGUGGAUGUAAGCCACAGAAAGGACACAUUUAUUGCAAUGUUUCUAUAAAUAUGUGCAUGUUUUUAUUGCCAUAAGGCAUUUGGACAUUCCCAGGGAGCUGUGAGAGAUGGAAUUCAUGGGCAAUGAAAUGAAGCAUUCUCCAGCUCAUAUACUUCAGUUCACAAUAUUCAAAUCUGGGCUGCUCCAUUUUCCAGAGUGAGCAUUCACUUAGGGUACUAGAGGAGUGUUAAUGCAUUCACAGCUAUUGCACAUUUAAUGUAGGAAGGGGGGGGGGAGCACAAGAAUGGGGCAUUAUCUUCUUCUUCUGACUUCAUAAAUGUCUAAUGAGGCUGUUCAUUUCUCUUGAAUGGCAUAUGGAAGGGAAAUCGGUCACAUCCCCAUCUUACAUUUUAAUUGUAAGUAUUUGAGAAUGCCAUGGUGGCCUGUGGAGAACAGAUCUGAUCUCUCUUUGGUGUUCACAAAAUCAAAGGAAUUAGGGCUUAAAUGGAACCUAGUCAGUCAUAAAAAGCUUUGUACUAUGGGUACGGAAACCUCCCGGUUUGGUAUGUAAUGCAUCACACAUGAACCACGCUAGUUUUCCCACUCUUAUAAAAUCUUAAAGGCUUUGAAUUGAACAUCCUUGGAUGAGGGCACUUAAACUGCAGCAGUCAAUGAACAAACAGCUUAUUCAAACUGUCAGGUAGGCAGCUGCUGUGAGGGCCUGUACAACCUCAGCGUACAAGCGAAGAUUGCUUAUUUGAAAGUACCCUUAAAUAAGAAUCUCCCAGCAAGUGGGAAGAUAGCAUGUUGUGGAGAAACAAAAGCGAGCAUCUCUUCUGUGCUAAUUUUCCAUAUGCAUAAGAAUUUUAAUGAGCUUUUCAGUCAUGCAGUUCCCACGUGACACAAUUAUGUGAGGACGAUUAUACUGUAUACACUCUUGCACAUUUGAAUUGGUCCCUAAGUGUGGAAAAUGUCUUAUUCACUAUGACUACGACUCAUUUGAGUAUAUCAUUUGGGUCCAGAUAAAAGCUUUUAUAGGAGAGCCUCUAUACUUGGCACUUUGUAGGUUUUUGCUGGAGACCAAGUGUCAUUCGUAGAUGUGGGGCCUGAGACCAAACAACACCAGCAGUUCUCAUAAGAAUUGGUUCACUUCAUCUGAUAUAAAAUAUAAAACAGCACUUGAGACUCACUGGCUAAGAGUAAAACAUUGUUAGGGUACUUCCGUGAUAGAUAGCUAAAAUUUCUGGCGGAAAGGUAUUAUAGAAUUUCCCUUAAAACAGAGACCAAUGUCUAACUUGUCAUUGGCUCAACAGACCAAUGGUGUAUUUUUGUAUAAAACAGCUUUUUAUGUUCGUGAUGUGAGAAGUUCCAGAAAUGUAACAAACACAUAAAAAAACAGUGUGGUGAAAUCCCUCUCCACACAAGGAAACAGAGCAAAUUGAGGGAACUUGCAUAUCUGUGUGACAAACCUAGACAGCUUCUUAAAAAGCAGAGACAUCACCUUGCCGACAAAGGUCCAUAUAGUUAAAGCUAUGGUUUUUCCAGUAGUGAUGUAUGGAAGUGAGAGCUGGACCAUAAAGAAGGCUGAUCCCCGAAGAAUUGAUGCUUUUGAAUUAUGGUGCUGGAGGAGACUCUUGAGAGUCCCAUGGACUGCAAGAAGAUCAAACCUAUCCAUUCUUAAGGAAAUCAGCCCUGAGUGCUCACUGGAAGGACAGAUUCUGAAGCUGAGGCUCCAAUACUUUGGCCACCUCAUGAGAAGAGAAGACUCCCUGGAAAAAACCCUGAUGUUGGGAAAGAUUGAGGGCACAAGGAGAAGAGGACAACAGAGGACAAGUUGUUUGGAUAGUGUUCUCGAAGCUACCAGCAUGAGUUUGACCAAAUUGCAGGAGGCAGUGGAAGACAGGAGUUCCUGGCAUGCUCUGGUCCAUGGGGUCAUGAAGAGUCGGACACGACUAAAUCACUAAACAACAACAACAAGCAUAUAUGUGUGUAAUACGUGGGGUCUAAUAAAAGGGAUUGGAAACCUCAAUUUGCUGUGCUGAAGGGGGUUUGAAUGUGGCAGAAAUGAAUUCCACUCAUCCCUAUCAGCCUUCACUGUAAGAGAAGAUUCUUCUGCGGCAGGGAAGGGAGGAGAGGAGACCCCCAGUGUUCCCACUCAAAUGCUGGGUAGUCAGCAGAAACCCACAACAUGGGGUGUUUCAGGGGUGGAAAUGUGCUGACCCUGCUGCCAUCCGGUGAUGGCAGUGGGCCCAGUCCAGGCCCUUUCGCUGCCUGGGAACUGGCAGAGCAGAAGGGCAUUUCUCCUUGCCCUCGUGUUCUGUCCUGACUGGCACUAGUAGCAGGGCCAUAGAAGCAGAGGUGGGUGUGCCACUCUAUCCAGCCUUGCCACUACUGUCCAGGGGUUUGGUUUGACCUCUGACUUAAUGAUGUAUGUAUUCAUUUUGCUACAUUUGCUGUUUGAAAUGCAAAGAUUCAUUGGGCAACACUCAACACACAUUGCCUGUAUGUUUGCCUUCAACCACCUGUCCCUUAGAUUUGGCACCAUUCCUUCUAUAAUGAACUUCGAGUUGCCCCAGAAGAGCACCCUGUCCUCCUGACCGAAGCGCCAUUAAACCCCAAGGCUAAUCGAGAAAAAAUGACCCAGGUAAUUAUUUGGAUGUUGCUUCCCUACUGUGCUAGAAAACUCCAGUUUUAGCAGAGAAACAAAAGUGGCUGUGGCUGUCAUGCCCAAAAGGGGGGCGGGGCGGUGCAGCUGGGAUGGAGUGAUGGCAGGGAGGGGCAGGGACUGCUCAGAUGCAUUCCAUCAAGCUCCACCCACUGGUAUGGAUGACAAGCUGCAGAAGAUCAAUAAAUAUUUAGGGUUGUGUCAGAUGCGAGUGGUGGUUGCUUGUGAGUAACCAGGCAGGACUCCAACCUGUCUUUUACAGGUUUUAUUGGUGCAAACUAUUUACAAUGCAGAGCCAACAAGUUCAUGUCCGUCUUAGUCACUUGCAGAAUCCGGGAGUGGCCUCUUCCAGUUUCUCCCCCAACAUAAGAACUCAGACACCCCAAAUCUCUGCCUCCCCUCCUUGCAUUUUACCCCUCUGCACAAACUGGGUGAUGGAAGUUGCGUAUCUGCCUCCUGGCCAGCCGGGCUAGGUGAGGCGCUUGGGCUCUUCGCAGCAUCUUCGAGUCCUCUCCUCACUUGGCUGGUGCCUUCCCUCUCUGCUCCACUGGAGGUGUGGCUUUCCCCAUUGCUGGACGAGGAGCUGCUCCUCAGAAGCGUUGGAGACUCUCUGUAUUCCCCUGCCUCCCUCCCCUGUUCUGAUGUCAGUCCCUUGACAGGUUGAAAGUAUGAAAGUAUACCAGAUGCACAAACAGAAUAAUAGGAUCUUUGUGACCCAUUUGCAGUAGACAUAAGGCCCCUAUCUGGAAUACCCUCUUAGACUACAGUGCAAACAGAUAACCACCGAAACAAGGAGCAGUUAUGCAUUGUGAAUUUCUAAGUUUCUAUGUCCCGAGAACAGAGAAUUAUUUACCUUUCUGCUGCCAAAGUAUCAGAAGCAGAGCUUCCCUGCCUUUGUUCUUCCAUGCUGCGGAAAUGGCUGUGCGGACUCUGCAAAAGAGCAAUUUCACAGUUUUGCAGCAAAUGAUUUCUGAUAAGUGGUAGGUCUGUAAGGUCUAUUGCUCUUCAGAAGUGGAGAAAGAUAAUGAAAUGCUAGUCAUCCACCUUUUCUCAGAGAAGUAUACUGCUGAGCUGCUCAUUUCGGAGAGACUGUGAAUUAAUGAAUUUAGAGGCCAUUUCAGUUGAGCUGAGUCAGGUUACUGUCAAAAGAAACAGGGAUUAAAGCUAGAAUAAAAGGGGUUUCACCGCUGUCAGGCUGCAAUUAGACAGCAAGCCCAGAAUUCUGCAUUUUAAAAAUCCAGAGGGGAAACCUCAUUAUUUCAAUUUAUUACGCUCAAUACUGUUAAUGAAAUUGCAUGUCUUGUUUGGUGUAAACCGUCUGGGAUCAUUUGUCAUCUUCAUUCAGUUUCCUUCACUAGGGACUUUGAAAGAUAGACUUAGGCGUGGUGUGGAAUAAUGUGAAGAUAAUUUAAUUAGUUGUGUAAUUAAUCUGUAAAAUUCCACCACAGUGGACAGUGAGACAAAUAACAUAGGCUUUGUUGGAAGCCAAACUGCAGUGGAACUGUAGCAGCGCUGCAAGCGACAAACAUCGGAUGGAAUGGAAAUCAUUGUCCUCCUAUACCUUUAUUCUCAUGUGUCCACCACUGCAAGUAUGAUUUAUCUUGGAUACCAUAGCUCCUGUGCACAAUUUGGAACCAAGCAUAUAAUGCUGCUAGGAAAAUUGGGUAUCUUAAAACCAGAUUUUAAUAGCAUUGUAGCAUUCUCUUUCUAUGCUUAGAGAUCCUAAGACCCUCUCAUUUGCCACCUACAGAUCAUGUUUGAAACUUUCAAUGUGCCUGCAAUGUAUGUGGCCAUUCAAGCGGUUCUUUCUCUCUAUGCAUCUGGCCGAACUACUGGUGAGUUUGAAAUUGAUGUCACCAUCUUUAAAAAAAGAAGGUUUCCUCACAUAUAUGUAUCUUGAUACACUGGCCCCUAUUUUUCCUUACCAGGCUAUUAUGAGAAAACCAGAUCUUCUGAUAAGCCCCUACCAUACUGAAUUAACAUAGGGAAAGAAAAGAGAGAGAAUUGGGAACACUCAAUCUCCAGCCAAUAAUUUCCUGUGACCAAUCAGAACUGCUGUUUUGUAUAGUUAAACUCUUCCCUUCUCCAAUCAAAAAAUCAAAGUGGUUGGAAGCCAGCCACUCAUAUACUCCCCGCCCCCCACCGGCCCGCUGGUGUGCACAGGAAGAAAAACCCUUUUAUCCCUGAUAAUGUUCCUGAAGCAAUUGUUGUCCCCCUACAAAAUAAUAGCUGCGUAUUUAACUGUAGCCUGUUUUCUAAUUGCAUUGGAUAUGACCUAUUUUCUUCAGCAAGCUUUAUAAAAUACAUUCAAAUGCCGAAUGAAAACUUGCUUAACUAUGCACCAAAAAGAUGGAGAAGGAAAGCGCCUACACCGUGACUGUAUAGUGGGUUAGUUGCUAAAUUACACAUAGUGAAAAUUAUGCUCCUGGCUUUGAGUUAAAGUAUCUUAUAUUUACUAUAAAUUCCUGGCAACUGCCCCACGAACGGGAAACACAUGGCCACCACCCUGUCUGGGUACAUGGCAACCCUACCAACCAGGGCUGUGACUUGUUGGCUAACUUCACCAAUCCAGGGUGCCUCUCCAGACCACCUAUUUAUUGAGCACUCAUCAAGAUCUGUGUGCACAAAACUUACUCAGUGUUUAGAUCAUGGGUAGGCAAACUAAGGCCCAGGGGCCGGAUCUGGCCCAAUCACCUUCUAAAUCCGGCCUCCGGACGGUCCAGGAAUCAGCGUGUUUUUACAUGAGUAGAAUGCGUGCUUUUAUUUAAAAUGCAUCUCUGGGUUAUUUGUGGGGCAAAGGAAUUUGUUCAUUCCCCCCCAAUAUAGUCCGGCCCCCCACAAGGUCUGCUGAAAAUGUUUGCUGACCCCUGGUUUAGAUUAUAUUCAAUAUUUCUUGAGCAUUCAUCCUCCAGUCAUCUUGAUUUGCUUGCAGAGCAUUUAUACCUCUUCUUGUUAGCAGGCAUUCAUCCCACACUUUUCAGUUCAUUUCUCCAUGACUUUCCCAAGCCACAAAAAGUCCUCUAUUUUAAAGUGGGUUUGUUUUGCUAGAGCAAUGGGGUGCUUUAAUCCAUUUUAAACGGUGGAAACCUGAAGUUCCAGCUUGUGUCUGAAUUCCUCCCGCAAAAUACUGACAGUCUGGAGGUGCCCAUUAAAUAGGGUUGUCAACUAGCCAGAAAAAAAAUCCAGCUCAAAAAUUCAGAGUUUUUAGUGGCUAUAGCUUUUGAGUUUAUUAGGGCAGUCUGUGGCUGUCUCACACCUAGUUCAGGGAGAGUCCACGAGUUCUCUGUGGAAGGGAGUCCACAGGUGGGCCUUUUUGCAGCAAUAUACGUUACCUUGUAGAUAGCUGCUGUUUUAUUGUUCCAUUAAAAAAAAACCUGCACAUUUUAGUGGCAAAUCUGUAUGUUUAUACAUCAGCAUUUUGAUAUUCUUUGCAAAUUGUUUGGGAUCCUAUUUUUUUUGGUGAAAGGCUAUAGAAAUGUAAGAAGAUCAUUAUCAUUAGCAUCUGUUUCAGAGAGAACAAUGCCAUGCAAUUUCUGACUCUUUCAUGAAGGCAAUUUCUUCUUUGUAUAGGCCAGCAAUUUCCCUCUGAGUUCCACUCAGCAUGGAGACAAUAGGGAUUAUCAUUUGCAGUCUCUCCUUUCAAUCCCAGUUGUUGUCAAAGGGUUUAAUUUAGCAGAAAGAGUGGGGCAGGGCAAGGUCUACAGAGAAGAAUGCUGACGCUUCUAAUUUUCUUCCUCUCUCUUAGGGAUAGUUCUGGACUCAGGGGAUGGUGUCACACAUAACGUACCUAUCUAUGAAGGUUAUGCCCUGCCACAUGCCAUCAUGAGACUGGAUCUGGCUGGAAGAGAUCUCACUGACUAUCUCAUGAAAGUUCUUACAGAGAGGGGAUACUCUUUUGUUACUACAGGUAAUCAGUGCUUUUCUUACAGAUCAAGGGAGGAAUAUAGUGUUGUGCUAAGGCAAUUGUUUCACCAUUUCAGGGGUAGAUGAGGAGGGGGAAGCCCCUUUGCAAAAGCAGAAGUCCUUCUGCAGGGCUUCUGCUAAUGGGAUUCAUUAUUUAAAUUCCACCUCCUGUUUACUUCUGAUAAUGCUGUCUUAUUCUGCCACAUCAUGGAUGCUUUAGCUGAGAUUCCUGCAUUUCAGGGGGUUGGACUAGAUGGCCCUUGGGUCCCUUCCAACUCUUAAGAUUCUAUAUUCUGUUAUCAUAUUGGAUAAAUAAGUACCAUAUGUUAUUUCUCUCUUCAAAAAAUGGCUUGAUCAUGAUCAACAUGAUGUUAUUGAAGAACCACCUAGCAUCGAGGCAUGAAUUAUGUUCUUUGAUUUUCUGAUUUUCUAAUUCUUUUUUAAAAAAUCAAAGUUUUCUUUAUGCUCCCCACUUCCACCCCAAAUAUACAAAAAUAUAAAAGCAGUCAAUAAAAUAAAAAGAAAGAAAAAGACAAAAUCUAGACACAAGAAAGAUUUAACAGCAACCUGCUAAGCACACUCUUUCGCACCUCACCCCGUGAUAGUUCAAGGUUAUGUGGCAGUUGUGGACAAGGUGAAAUCCAUGCUAAGGAUUAUUAGGACGGGAACUGAAAAUAAGUUUGCCAUCAUCAUCAUGCCAUUAAACAAACCUAUUGUAUGCCUGCAUUUGGAAUUACUUUUCACAGUUUGCAGCCUCUAAAAGGAUAUUGUAGAGCUGGGAAAGGUUCAGAAAAGGGCUACUAAAAUGGCCAAAGGACUGUAAUACUUCCAUUGUGUUGAAAAGUUACACCAGUUGUGGCUUUUUACUUUACAGGAAGUGGGAGUAAGGGGGAACAUGACUGAGGUACAUAAAAAUAAGCAAUGUGGGAAGAUUCAGCAUGCACAAAAGGAAAGUAUGACUUAACACUGUGCAUAGUUACACUGUGGAAAUUUCUUCCACAAGAUGUAAUGAUGGCUGCCAACUUGGAUGACUUUAAAGGACGAUUAGACCAAUUCAUGGAAGAUAAGGCUAUCAAUGGUUACCAUCCACAAUGGCUAUUCUUCAUCCACUGUCAGAGUCAGUAUGCUUCUCUAGAUCAGGUUGAGAUCACAAAUGGGUGCAGUACUCAGGUACUGCUUGCAGGCUUGUUGGUCACUGUGGGAACAGAAGGCUUGAUUAGAUGGGCCUUGGUCUAAUCUAGGACUUUUCUUAUGGUGAGAGCGAAUACAGCUUGCUGAACUGUCAAGUCUUCAGCCUGGAGCACGGAGUAAGAAGAGAAAAGGCCUAUAAACUAUGCCAAAUGUUUAAGACUGCAACACCCAAUUAAUUUUAAUAAGGAGCAAACUUCCAACACUGUGCCGUCUAAUGCGCAAAAAUGAAAUACAAGGGUCGUUAGAAUGAAGGUCAGCCCAACAUCAAGAUCUUACUGCUAGCUUCAAGUAUUGGGCUUUGUAUCAGCUCCUGCCAUUGAUUUCUUCAUUGCAUGAUCCAUCCAGGAUCUCUCUCUGUCCAGGUGUACUGCUGGAUUUUCUUACAAAAGAAGAGUUCAUAAAUCAAGCAUAGGUGUGGGACACCUUUUUGAGCCUGGUGGCCUCAGUCCUUUGUAGGCAACCUUUCGGGAACCAGAGGAAAAAUGGGUAAUAUGCUAUGUUUGAGCUACAUAAAAGGCAAAGCUUUCUAUACCCACACAUGUCUCCAUUUCCCAUCCUGGCAAGCAUGAGGCAAUACCACAGUUCAGUGACAUGUUCACGUCAGACAGAAGCACUUGAGGAGGGAUUGCACUAUAGCUGGUUGAAGACCUGGCCAGGAGAAGGGAGGUGGUCUAUGGGUGGGCAAAGUCUGGAGAGAGUUUCAAGAGCUGGACAGAAAGGCUUGGAGAGCCACAAUUGGCCCCAGACCUGAGGUUCCCCACUCAUAGUAUACCAGUAGCUUUCUGGCUUCGUUAGGGAUAACAUCUGUCCCUUAUGAGACACCAGAAUAUUAAAGUGGACCCUUUACUGAGCUGACCAACUUUUCAAAAUAACUUCUGUGAUUUCUUUCAUCUGACGGGAAGAAAUCAAAUGAACGAUUUGUGCUGUUUUCAUGUGAAAAUAAGAAUCUUUUCUCAGCCUUUACUAGGAGUAUUUCAUUUGUUUUAUAAUGCGUAAAAGGCUAAAAGAAAGCAGAUGGGUACUUAAGAAUUAAGAAGCUUGCUAUCCUAUAUUAAGGUUCUUCAAGAAGAGUCCUAAUACUCACACAGGGAGGGAUCACCUAUGUAGGUUCAGCACAUAGCAACCUUUGAUGGUUGAAGGAGGUGACAGAGGAAAGGGAGGACCGUAUACCAAAUUUAUAGCCCAGGGGCUCAGCUAGAUUAGUAAAGAAAAAACGAUUUAUAUGUGUGUUGUAUGUGUGAUAUAACAUUGUGCCACCAGAUGGCGACGUGGAGCCCCGUUUUUCUCUACCUGUUUUCCCUGUUUAAAUUUACAACACUUUAAACUGAUGUGUCUAGAUCCAACCCAGGUGGCUUUUAAGUCAGCAUGCUCUACCAGUCAGCUGACUUUUACAUAAGGAAGGCACUCUUAACGCCUUUCAGAGCCUAAAGAUUAGGCUGGAAAGGUGCUAAUUAAAAAGGAAGUUGUUCAGGCUAACCCUGGUAGACAUGACAUUUCGAAGGGAUUUUCAAAUCGUGUGCUUUAAAGUGGCAGCAGUUAUAUCCUUCGUUCUCUUUGGAGAAAUGGAGGCUGGCUCUUUGUUAGGAAAGCUGUGGCUCUUAAAAAAGACAUACCUUGAAAGGACAAAGCUGUAGCCCAAGUGUUUUCUUGGGGAUUUCUCUGUUCUGCCUGUGCGGCAGGGCCAAGGGAGACCGAUUUUCCAUCCUGGGAAGGACUGUGGUUAUAAGGAUUCUGAUAAGUAACCCAAGAGCCCUCUGCUAUCGUCUUACACCUCACUGCUUGAUGUUUGUAGCCGAGCGUGAGAUUGUGCGAGACAUCAAAGAGAAGCUCUGCUACGUGGCUCUCGACUUUGAGAACGAAAUGGCCACUGCUGCAUCUUCCUCUUCUCUGGAGAAGAGCUACGAACUCCCCGAUGGUCAAGUCAUCACUAUUGGCAAUGAACGGUUUCGAUGCCCUGAAACUCUCUUCCAGCCAUCGUUCAUAGGUGGGUCUGCACUCGUUUCCCGUGGCUGUGGUUAACAGGCGAAGAAAACAUGCUAUUGUACUGCUAUACUGGAGAUGUUACUGCCAUGACCAUAUUUGCUAUGUGAACAAAAAAAGUAAAGAUGAGAGAAAAUGCUGUUGUGUCUAAUUUAUUUUGGCAUGAGCACUUGUAGAUUAAUCCGGUUGACAAAAUGGACUGAGUAGUUGGUAUACAUGGGAAGAGGUACCCUGGAAGACAGAGCAAUCUAACAAGAAUUUGCUUCAUAUAAGACUUAAAACAAUGUUUACCCCUAAAUACUAAAUACCGUCAUAUCUCAGGUUACAGACUCUUCGGGUUGCGUGAUUUCUGGUUGCGCACUGCGCCGAACCUGGAAGUACCGGAACUGGUUACUUCCAGGUUUCGGCACUCGCACAUGCGCAGAAGCGCCGAAUCGCAACCUGUGCAUGCGCAGAUGCGGCGCUGCGAGUUGUGAACGUGCUUCCCGCACGAUCAUGUUCGCAAUCCAAGCGUCCACUGCACGUUUAUUGGCAUCAGAUUUAAGGAGUGUAUAUGGGGACUUCUCACUGUUUUCUUUUAAAAAAAUACAUUCAUUACUAGGAAAGAAUCAAGCUCGUGUGUAUAUUAAAGGGAAAUAUGUGUUUGUGUGUGAAAAUGGAUGUUUCACAUUAGGUUAACAUUGCAGGUUUAAAACUUUGGAUAAUAUGCCUUAUGCAACCUUAAACUUCUGAUGGCAAACAAACUGGUUUAGGGAAAAGCAUCCAUUACACAAAGGACUCAUUGGCACUUAUAUUAUGCCCCACACUUUCUAGGCACACAUACAUACGGAUGGCAUGGGGUCCUUAUACAAGAUUAAUUAAUAUCAAAAUAGGGCUCUGGUGGAUAAAUAUAAAGCUUCUGUUGUUUGCGUAAUCUAGAUUGCUGUUAUCCCUCCAACUGAGCACCUGGACCAGCCACCUAAAAAUAUUUUCACUAUAUGUCCCGCCCUACUGAUCAAAAAUAAUGGGAAAGAUCUAAAAUCAGCCUCUCUUUAUUUUGUAUCACAUUUUCGCACUCUUUUAAAAAAGUGAGAGUGGCUUGCUUAGAAAUACGUGAUCAAUUAAUCCUCGUAAUUUCAUUUCCGUCCAGGGAUGGAGUCUGCCGGUGUCCAUGAAACAACCUAUAACAGCAUAAUGAAAUGUGAUAUUGACAUCCGUAAAGAUCUUUAUGCUAAUAAUGUGCUUUCUGGAGGGACCACCAUGUACCCUGGCAUUGGGGACCGUAUGCAGAAGGAGAUUACCGCUUUGGCUCCAAGUACAAUGAAGAUCAAGGUCAAUGUUACAUCUAACAUCAAUCUAAGAGGCCAUGAAUAGGCCAGAGCAUGUGAUUUCUAGAGGGGGGGGGAGAUGAGAAGCUAGAACACAAGAGAUCUAUGUCCAGAUUUUAUGUGGCUUUUGUUCAAAGCCACCUGAUUGCUCUUCCUCACUUUAAUCGGAGUAUAGGUCUGUCAGUGGCUAUAUACACCACACUAACAAUUAAGUCUCUAACUGAAUAUAGCUAUUUCCAUUGUGACCUGCUUUUGAGAUACUUGGGGGGUGUUUUGGAAGAUGCUAGGCUGAAUGGAUAAGAACAUAAGAAGAGCCCUGCUAAAUCAGGCCAAGUUCCAUCUAGUCCAGCAUUCUGUCCUCCCAGUGGCCAACCAGAUGCUAUGGGAAGUCCAUAAGCAAGACCCAAGUACAGCAGCACCGUCCUCACUUCCAAUUUCUAGCAACUGAUAUAUAGAGGCAUAAUGUCGCCAACAGGGUGGGGGAGGAUAGCCAUCAUGGCUGGUAGCCAUUCAUAGCCUUAUCCUCCUUGAAUUCAUCUAAUUGGCUUAGUUGCAAAUUUGUCAUAAAGCAGAGGAUUAUAUAUAAUUUUAUGGUUUUAUUGAUUUACAAUUGACCUGACUUGCAUACCACUUUGUAGCUAUCGUAGUCACACAACCAAGAGCUUGUAUUGCUUGCAUAUUCCAGAAUGAGAAUAAUAGGGAUUAGAAGACAUGAUGACUAAAAUGAGAAUGAUUGUCACCUAAUUUGUAUGUUCCCUUCUUCAUCCCCCUCCUUCUUCUAGAUGAUUGCACCUCCAGAACGUAAAUAUUCUGUCUGGAUUGGGGGAUCCAUAUUGGCUUCUCUUUCGACCUUCCAGCAAAUGUGGAUCAGCAAAGAUGAAUAUGAGGAAUCUGGUCCCUCCAUUGUCCAUCGCAAAUGCUUUUGAAUAUGCUAAAUGUUAUCUUGUGGUGUUUCUCUACCAAAUUUCUCUGGAAAUUUAGUUUAAGCUUUCCCUCACUGCCUAAUCUGAAAACACAAUAAAGGUGAUGUUAACUGAA